AUGGUGACAUAUUCUCUCUUCCUUUCCUUGUUAUUUUCCAUCUCCAUCUUCAUCGAUCCCUCCUCCUCCUAUGCUGCCGAUUUUCAGCCAACCAAGCUUGUGAACAAGGUAUGUAACCAAACCUCGAACUAUACCUUCUGUGUUGAGUCUCUGUACACCGAUUCACGUACCCACAAAGCUGAACGCUAUGAGCUCGCCUACGUUGCAUUCCAGCUGGCAUCCUUUAAAGCCACUAGCACCAAAGACCACAUAGCUAAGCUGCUAAAGAAUAAUGCAACUGCAGGCCAAAGCCGACAUCUCCAGAGGUGUUCUCGCGUGUACAAGAAGGCUGUUUACGUCCUCGCCGAGGCUUACGGAGACUUGGACUCGGAGAGCUUCUACAUGUUGGUUGGUUUGUCGAAUCAUGCCACCCAUGCUGCCGCUGACUGUCAGGCCGCUUUGAAGGGAACGCGCCUACGCACCCCACUGACUGCCUUGAACAAGGUUUUUAAGUUUCUUUGUGAAAUUUGCGUUGCCGUCUCGAGAUUAUUUUAG